CCGCCAUCAAUCUAAUCUAAACUGUCAACUUACAGCACGCGUGACAAUCAAUUUUCGUUUUAAUUAGUAGUGAAAAUACUGUAAUUCAUUCGGUUAUCGUGUAAUAAUUAGAGACAAAUAAUUUGCAUAAGUUCAAACGGUUAAUGGGCGUUUGAACUUAUUGUUAAGCUCAGUAUUGUUUGUUUUAGUGUUACUUGGAAGCUCAUUUGUGCCGUGUUUGUUGAAUUAAAAUUAGGACAAAAACGCAAAGAAUCGUAAAUUAAGUUGAAGUGUUUUGAAGAUACAUUGAUAUAGCAGUUAAUUGCGGUUCUUAUUUGAGCGUAACGUUUUGUAUUAAGUUUAUUUUCGAGAUAGCUUCUUCCCUCUUCCGACGACGAUGAAGAUGAAAGUUCAUUAGAAUAGUCGGCCGAAACGAAAAUGGACCCGUUGAAUUAUUUUGCAGAUCGCGAGCGCUUCCAAUCCGGCAGCAGCACCGACGAAAAUGAAUCGGGCUCCGAACAGGAACACGAGGUUCUCAUCUCGCAGCACCAGCUCAACAACAUGGUCAAUCUCAACAGUCACAAUACGCCGGUGCGCAAACGCCGAGGCAACCUCCCCAAGCACUCGGUGAAAAUCCUGAAGAGAUGGCUGUACGAGCACCGAUACAACGCUUACCCCUCGGACGCCGAGAAACUCACCCUAUCCCAAGAGGCGAACCUCACCGUCCUGCAAGUGUGCAAUUGGUUCAUAAACGCCCGCAGGAGAAUCCUGCCGGAGAUGAUUAGACGAGAGGGCCACGAUCCCCUGCACUACACCAUAUCGAGGAGAGGCAAGAAACUGAGCAGCGUCAACCUGGUGGAUCCCCCUACGGUGAAUUGGAACGGCGAUUUGCAGAUUCUCAAAGGGAAACGCAUCCGGCUAGAUCACGACUACGAAGACAGCAUGACGCUGAUGUACCGAUCGGAGGAGGACAGUCCGAACGAGUACGAGAGCUCGAGCCCCAGCGAAGAGGAGAAAUUCACGCCUUGGCAAACUGUCAUCAGGUACGGUGUGCCUACAGAUUCUUCUAAUCAUCUGGCGAAUAGGGGAAGUUUGGACGAUAAAAACGGCAGCAGUGACUAUUGGAACACCCCGCAGCUGGCCCAUCUACCGCAAAUGCCCCAUUCGCUCUCCAAUCCGAAGGUGCAGGUGAUUCCUACGCAUCCGGUGAACGAAUUGAUGAGCACCGACCCGCUCGAAGGCGAAGACAAAGAUAAGUUUAAGUGCUUGUAUUUGCUGGUGGAGACGGCGGUGGCGGUGCGGCAGCGUGAGAAGGAGCAAAGCGACACGCAAAUGUAGCUCUCGGUGAAUGAGGAUGAAUGUGAGAUUGUGCCGAUUGUGCCUUAUACUUAUUCAUAUAUUAAUUGUAUGAUGACGAGUGCCAAUUUACAUGAUUUGUCGUUAGUUAUUGUAGGGUUCUUUCUCUAUUAAGAUUGCAAGUUGUGUUGUUUUUAAGUUUGAUAACUUAAAUUAGUUUGAUAGUAAUUUUCUUUUAGCUCUAAAUCCGAUGUAUUUACAAUAAAGAGUGAUAUUAAAUCGUGUUGGAAUAGUUGUUGUUUUUUUAUGAGGAAAUACAAAAACAAUAAAUAUGUUGAAGAAUUGUAAAAUUAUA